GCAGGACGCAGUUGCGCGGUGACGUCACACCGAAGGGGCAGAGAAGCGGCGGGACGACUGCGCGAACCAGCCAGCUCCGACAUGGAGGCCGUGGGCGGUUAGCAACAGGCCGAUUCUCUAUCGGUAGCUACGCCGUUGGCGAAGAGGCAAACCCCAUAGAAACAAACCUUCGUAAAGACGAAUCUAGUUAAUCUUAACUGGGUUCUAUUGCGGAUUGUGGGUGCACUAUUCUGACAGUCGCCAUGGCUACGGACAUGGGCUCCCCGCCGCGGUUCUUCCACAUGCCGCGCUUCCAGCACCAGGCUCCGCGGCAGCUCUUCUACAAGCGGCCCGACUUUGCCCAGCAGCAGGCCAUGCAGCAACUGACCUUUGACGGCAAGCGGAUGCGCAAGGCCGUCAACCGCAAGACCAUUGACUACAAUCCGUCAGUCAUCCGCUUUCUGGAGAACCGCCUUUGGCAGCGGGACCAUCGGGAUUUUCGAGCAAUCCAACCGGAUGCUGGAUGUUACAAUGACCUUGUCCCUCCCAUGGGCAUGCUUAAUAACCCCAUGAAUGCUGUCACCACAAAAUUCGUCAGGACCUCAACAAACAAAGUCAAGUGUCCAGUGUUUGUCGUACGGUGGACCCCCGAAGGCAGGAGACUGGUCACUGGAGCCUCCAGUGGCGAGUUCACUCUGUGGAAUGGGCUCACCUUCAAUUUUGAAACCAUCCUCCAGGCCCAUGACAGCCCAGUGCGAGCUAUGACCUGGUCCCAUAAUGACAUGUGGAUGCUGACCGCUGACCAUGGAGGCUACGUAAAGUACUGGCAGUCCAACAUGAACAACGUCAAGAUGUUCCAGGCCCACAAGGAGGCGAUUAGAGAGGCCAGUUUUUCCCCCACGGAUAAUAAAUUUGCCACUUGCUCCGAUGAUGGAACAGUUCGCAUCUGGGACUUCUUACGAUGUCAUGAAGAAAGGAUCCUCAGAGGUCAUGGUGCAGAUGUCAAGUGUGUAGACUGGCACCCAGCGAAGGGCCUGGUGGUAUCGGGCAGCAAGGACAGCCAGCAGCCCAUCAAGUUUUGGGACCCAAAGACGGGACAAAGUCUAGCCACGCUACACGCCCACAAGAACACUGUGAUGGAAGUCAAGUGGAACCUCAAUGGCAACUGGCUUCUGACCGCGUCACGUGAUCACCUUUGCAAGCUGUUUGAUAUCCGCAAUCUGAAGGAAGAGCUGCAGGUCUUCAGAGGCCACAAGAAAGAGGCCACAGCUGUAGCAUGGCAUCCUGUCCACGAGGGCCUCUUUGCCAGCGGGGGCUCAGAUGGGUCCCUCCUCUUCUGGAAUGCGGGGGUAGAGAAGGAGGUAGGAGGCAUGGAGAUGGCUCAUGAAGGGAUGAUCUGGAGUUUGGCUUGGCACCCUCUUGGACACAUCCUAUGCUCUGGAUCCAACGAUCAUACCAGUAAAUUUUGGACCAGGAAUCGUCCUGGAGACAAGAUGCGGGAUCGGUACAACUUGAACCUGCUCCCAGGGGUGUCUGAGGAUGGAGUGGAGUAUGAUGACAUGGAACCCAACAGCGUGGCAGCCAUCCCUGGAAUGGGCAUCCCCGAGCAGCUAAAGGCGGCCAUGGAGCAGGAGCAGAGUGGAAAAGAAACCUCAGCUGAGGUAGAGAUGACCAUUCCUGGGCUGGAUUGGGGCAUGGAGGAGGUGAUGCAGAAGGACCAGAAGAAAGUUCCGCAGAAGAAGGUUCCUUAUGCAAAGCCAAUCCCUGCACAGUUUCAGCAGGCAUGGGCGGAAAACAAGGUUCCUGCACUAGCGCCUGGAGAGACGCCGAAGGAGAGGAAGGAUGAGAAGAAGGUGGAUGGCAAGAAGAAGACGCAGGCGGAGAUAGAGCAAGAGAUGGCAGCCUUGCAGUACACAAAUCCAUUGCUGUUGGAGCAACUCAAGAUCGAACGUCUGGCUCAGAAGCAGUCAGAACAGGUGUCAUCAACCCCUCAGGGCCAACCGGGAUCAUUACAGCCCUUCCCUGGCCAGGGCCCCAUGCCUCCCCCUCCUCAAGGAUUCCCGCAGUCUCUUCCCCCUCAGCAGAUGCCCCACAACAUGCCUCACAUGGGCCCUGGGAAUCUUCAGGGACCAUUCAUGCCUCAGAACCAGAUGGGUCCCCCAGGCCCACAGCUUCAUCAAGGACCUCCCCAGGGUUUUAUGGGGCCCUCUGACAUGCACGGGCCUCAAGGCCUUCAGCGACAUCCAGGACCAGUCAGGCAUAUGGCACCUCAGGGGCCACAAGGGCCCCAUGGCAUUUCCCCUGGGUCCCGAGGGAUGACUGGACCUCCUCAGGGAGGAAUGCAGGGCCCGCCAGGACCUCAGAACAACAUGAUGCCCCCCCCACCUCGAGGAAUGGGGCCAAGAGACAAUCAGGGGCCUGGACCACAAGGGAGCAUGAUGGCCCAGGACAUACGGGGACCCCCAUCCCAGGGCAGUAUGAUGGGGCACCAGGGUCCUGCCAUGCAUGGCCAGGGACAGCAGAAUCCCCCUAGGACUCAUGGCAACAUGCACGGUCCUCCUGGUAACAUACAUGGUCACCCAGGCAACAUGCACGCCCCACCUGGAAACUUGCACGGUCCUCCGGGCAACAUGCCGGGUCACCCUGCAAACAUGCAUGGGCUCCCUAGCAACAUGCAGGGACAUUCCCCUUUCAUGCAACAAGGCAAAUCACCACUGUUAGGUGAAGGAUCCAGGGGGCAGUUUAACCAGGUGGGACAGAGUCCGCAGCCAAUGAUGUCUGGAAUGGCACAGCAGGGACCCAAUGGAAAAGGAGAUGCCCGCGGACCCCCCAAUCACCACAUGGGGGCUCCACCUGAUCGGCGGGGCCCAGAGGGUGUAGGGGUGCCAGACCAAGUCGCUGACAGGGGGGGCCCUUACUGGGGAGAUUCUCGUGACGGACGCCGCGGCCCCCCUGAUUACGAGGGGGCAGACGAACGCUUCCAUGGACGAGGGGAGGACAAUUGGCGGCCGAGGGGCCCCGGGCAAGAAUAUCCCGCUGAUGGCAGAGGCCCCAGGGGGGCCGCACCAGGGAAAUGGGAGCCACACCGAGCUUCAGAUGAGCGUUACGCCCGAGAUGCCGAGGAGAGCCGCUUCCGUGGACGCCGGGAGGAGAGGUUCGACAGUUACGAAGGUCCCGGGGACGAUUUUGAGCAGCGUCAGAGGGAGCCCAGGCGGCCUUCACUGCCCCCGCGACAUGACUCUGAAGAAGUGUUUCGCAGGGGUGGCCCAGCUAGGUCGGAUUCCAGGGGCGGUGCCCGGGGCUUUCCGGAGGAGUUUGGGCCAGAGGAGGGCUUCGAUGCCGCGGAGGAUGUCGGUCGAAAUUGGGACAGUGGAGGCAGAGGGAGGAAUCGUGCCGGGCCGUCCAGAGGAGGUGCACGCAAAGGAUUGCUUCCAACACCAGAGGAGUUUCCCCAAUGUUACGAUGGAGGACGCAACUCGGAGAGCUGGGAGGGCGGCCGAGAUCAACCUCACGAGGCCUACAGGGAUGGGCAGCGGCCAGACCACGGUCCUCGGGAUAGUCCCUCGCCUGCCGGGAGGGAACGCUCCUCCUCCCUGCAGGGCAUGGACAUGGCCUCUCUGCCUCCCCGCAAGCGACCCUGGCACGACGGGCCCGGUACUGGAGACCCCCGUGAGGCAGAUGCCGGCACCAGCCUGGAGGACAGGGGUCGACCCCCGCAGAGGGAUCCUCACAGAGACGAGGGGGGCUACGGAGGACCGUCCCGAGGCCGUGGGGGGUGGGGGAGGGGCGGAUCAGGUGCAGCUGGGGGUGCAGGGCCCAGCGCGGGGCCUGCCACACGACGGGGUGCCAGCCGGGGGCUCCCACGAGGUGGGAGAUCUCGGUAGGACUGUACUAUUGGGAAAGGAGCUACAACUGUACCAUCUACCGGCUCUGUAUGGAGUGGGACCAAAGACAUACCUCCAUAUGUGCACCUUGUGUGUGUGCGCGCGUGCCUAGAUGCCCAUGCGGACCCUGCUCCACAUCUGUGUGGGUGUUCUGGCCCAGCUCUCACUGUGGGUGUGACACUGGACAGGUCCUGAGAACGUGUCCGUCCUAGAGUGCUUCUUGUUGGAUUAUCUUGCCUAAACUGGUUGCGACUCCAGCCCUGAGCAGGGAGGCCCUCCCCACCUGCUGCUGUGUUAUCCAGUCGUGGCCCCAUCAGGGAGCCUCCCCACGUACCAACAGAGGCGGCCAAGAAGACGGGAUUGACUGCUUCAUCACUGUUAAGCUGGCGUUUGUGUGGUUCCCCCACAGCAGCACUCGCACCCAGCUGUCUCAGCCGCACUGGCAGAGCAGCGAGUGCUGCUGCUCCAGUGCAGAAACCCACUGUCGUUGCUAAAUGUACAGUCGUUUUCCCCCAAAAGCACAUUCUCAUAAAACGGGAUCUGAUUGAUUCCCUCCGUCUUUAACUCCUUUAAUUUUUAAUAUAAAAUGGAGGAAGGUAAUCUAACAUUGCCACGCCCCUUUAUGUAGAGGGUGCAUUCUUUGUUUCUAAAUGUACAGUUUGUCAAGAGAUUGUCAUAUUGUUUUGUCCAUUUUUGUAUGACUGCAAUAGAACUUGUGCAAAAUUUAA